UGUUGAUUGUGCAGCGUGCCUUGUAAAAUGUGCUGAAUUUGUUUUUGUGAAAUCUGGUCACUUGACCAGUCCAUGCUGACUGAAGUUGUUCUUCUUGGCUUGUGUUGAGUACCUUAGCUCUUAUUAAUAUUAGUAAAAGCGACCAAAAUUAAUGCAAAAGGGUGAGCUGCCACAGCUCAGGCAAAUCUUCUGGUCGUAUAACUUGGUCGACCUUGUUGAGACUUGCCAUCACAUUUGCAAACGAUUCUGGUAGGGGUAAUUUGCUCGAAGUCGACCGGUGGCCGUGGCGAAACUGCACAGCGCCCCAAGCUCAGCUCAGCCGCAGGUGGUAAGUGGAGCGGCGCGGGAUCGCAUCGACGCCUGAGGUUCGGGGGCCAUCAAAGCGCGAGGACUGUUCCAAUGGGCGAUGCGAGCGCAAGAUUGGCAACAUUCCAACAAUUCAAACAAGCAGAGUUACAGUUCAACAUUACUACACAAGCUCUUCAAUGUCGAUCAUGACAAAGUAAACUAACAUCAGCCAUGCCUUCAUACGUCCCAUCCAUGGUUACUAUCACUGCUGGAGCCUUUGUCCUGAUUUCUGUCUAUUUAUACAGGAGAAAAUACAGGGAGAGGACUACACCUUUGACUUCAACAAAGGAUACACUGGAAGGAGAUGUCUACCAGCCUGUUACAGUUAUCGAGAACUAUGAUAUAUUUGUCAUUGAUUCAUCAAGCGAACAUCACUUGGCCGUAGAGAGCUUCGCAGAAGCUGCUAAACUUUUGAAGGUUAUUGGUCUUGACUGUGAAUGGGUGACCAAAGACGGCCAAAGACAACCUGUGGCUCUCCUGCAGGUCUCUUCCCCUGUAAAUCAAUCCUGCCUUCUGUUUCGUCUUGACCAGCUUAGUGGAAAACUCCCCGAGAGUAUCAGCAAGAUCCUUCAUGAUCGCAACACAUUGAAGGUUGGUGUUGGAGUAAUUGACGAUGCCAAACGCCUUCUCACCGAUUACCAAAUCAUCACCCAUGGAUGCCUUGACCUACGCCACCUUGCACUUCGACAUCUUUCUCGAACCUUGAGAGGGCGCUCUCUGAGCUUACGGGAACUAGCCAGCAUUGUCCUCCAGCAUGAAAUGUCAAAGAAUGACAGGGUGCGGUGUGGCAAUUGGGAAGCAGUGCCAUUGUCCAAAGAACAAAUCAACUACGCUGCUGAAGAUGCAGUCAUUGGGGCAGCCAUAUUCUUAAAGAUUGUUGCCUAUAAGAUGAAAUUAAAACACUUUGAAUCAUUCUUUCAACUAGAAAUAUGGAAGAGCAUUUCUUCCAUGUGUCAGGGCAUCGUUGACAUGUACCCUGACAUGAAGCAGCUUACCAACACAAACUCAUCUUCAAAGAAACCAGAAAACCACUCAAAAGGAGUUCGCAUUAAAUCCAAAGAGCGCCCUCUAAGUAGAGCCUACAAGACAAGGAAGUCUGUGAUGUACCACAACUGCCGUCUCCUAGCCCCAGACGACACCCUUCUCUGCACAUGUGACAAGAGAAAAGCAUUAUGGUACGUCAGCAAAGAGAUUGGGGAGAUCAUCUGUGAGGAACCCUUGACAGUGCGGCUCUUGUUUGAGCCUUCGGGGGUCCCAGGCCCAGAUCGGGAGUACUACCAGAUAGAGAAGAAAAACAUUUGUGUGGUGUGUGGCUGGGAGGACUCUUACAUUAAGAAGCAUGUAGUCCCACAUGAAUACAGAAGACACUUCCCACAAUACCUCAAGAUGCAUUCAUCUCAUGAUGUCCUGCUGCUAUGUCUAAAAUGUCAUCAGAGGAGCGGAGCACAUGACAACAUCCUGCGGCAGGAAAUCUCCAUCCAAUACAAUGCUCCCCUUAGCAACAAGACCAAUGCCAAACGUCUGGAGGAUCCCCAAAGGGUACAACUCCGCUCCGUCGCAAGAGCUCUAAUACGCCACAAGAAUGCAAACAACCUACCAGAGCAGCGAGUACAGGAGCUGACGGACCAUCUUCGGGAGUUCUUCGGGGCCGAUGAGAUUGACGAUAGCCUCCUUCAGAAGGGAGCGUCCAUUGAAACUAAAGUGACAAAUGAGAACUACUUAGGGUCGCAUGGCCUGAAGGUUGUGGAGGAAUUGAUGAAAAGGGAAGAUGGUUUGACGAAGUUUGAGAAGCGCUGGAGACAGAAUUUCCUGGACACAAUGGAGCCUCAGUAUCUGCCAGAGUUAUGGUCUGUGGAUCAUUUGCAUGAAGCAUCUGUUUGCAAGAAGUGAGGACAUUUAAAAGAUAUAUAUCAAUUAUAUGUCAUUAUUAUUUUCUUUUGGAUGAUACACCAAGGGAUUUGUUAUGAUCAAGACUCAAAGCACUUGACUUGAGAAGUUUGUGCAAUGUUUUCCUGUAGCACAAGUCAUUCCAUCAAAUUGGAUACAUGUGAACAGUAUUAUCCACUCUAGAUAAAAUGGUAGCCAGGAAUGUGGUUUUAUUUCCAGGAUUUCUUUAUUCUUUCAAUGUAUUUUAUCUUUAUUUAAUCAUGCGCAGAAGAAAUAUGUGAAUAUCACAAGAUUGUUUUAUUAUGAAAGAGGUAGACUCCAUGACAUCUGCUUUUGAAUUUUUUUUUCACUGUGCGGAAAAUCCGCACAAAAGCGGGAAACUCAUCUCAAAUCUAAAACUAACCAAACUAUUCCUAUUCUUGAUUUAUUCUAGACUUAAACGCUCCUGGCCUGGGGCUGUUUCAUAAAGUUGUUUUAAUUUAUGCAUUAUCUUAUGCAUAAUUUGUGACCCAUUCCUGGGUGCCCAUCUCUUUGAUUCUCCUCAACUAAGAUUGAAUCUUUGCAUUAUUAAGAUUCUUGUAUUAGCAAGUGUCUGAAUGCUAAGUUUAGAAUUGGAUAUCCCAUUUAGCACAAGAACAGGGCCGGUGUUCAAUUCAAUAUGUAAGCCAGAAUUUUAGGUGUUUUACUCAGUAUUUUGCUUUUAAAGUAAAAUACUUAAUUAUCUUGUAUUCUAUUGUAUGGCUAAGUAUUUUGCUUAAAUCUUAAGUCAGAUGCCUAACAGGCAUAAGAGUGGUGUGCAUGCAGCAAGUGUAACUUAUGAAGAGCUUUAAAGAAAGGGCCCCCAGAAUUCUAACUUUUAUCGUCAGAGAUAUUAUUUACCCUGGUAGUUAUGACCAAGUGCUACAGUCACCAAAGAUAAUAUAUAGUUUCAUUCCCCCGCUGACUAAGUCCGGAGGGGGCAUAAAGCGUUGCUCCUGUCCGUCUGUCCCCCCACUUGGUUUCUGUGCAAUAACUCAAAAAAUAUUUAAUGGAUUGUAAAAAAUUUUGGUGUGUAGGUAGAUGACACCAAAAUACAGGCUAAGUUGGAAUUCGCAUUUACAUGCUAAAGGUAACAGCUCAUUAAAUAUGCAAAUUGUUUUCCGCACAAUAACUCGAAAAUAUUUAAUGGAUUAAAGAAAAAUUUGGUGUGUAGAUAGAUGACACCAAAAUACAGGGUAAGUUCAAAUUCAGAGUCUGCAGGUCAAAGGUCACAGCUCAUUAAAUAUGCAAGUUGGUGUCCACGCAAUAACUUAAAAAAUAUUUAAUGGAAUUUAAAAAUUUGGAUGUGUAUAUUUUUCCAGAUUUAAAGAAAUUUUGGUGUGUAGGUAGAUGACACCAAAAUACAGGCCAAGUUGGAAUUCGGAGUCUGCAGGUCAAAGGUCACAGCU